UCACUUUUUUUCUUUCUUUUUAUACAUUUAUUUCUUAUUUUAUUUCUCUAUCUCUCCUCCUAAUCUCCCUGUAUCUAAAACAAAAGUACAGAAUUACAUUAAAUCAGGGUAAACCCCCAAAUACAGAGACUUCUGUUUCACCCUUUUAUACAUAAUCCUUCAACUUCAAAAAAUACUUCUUUUGUUAGUUUGUUUAAGAAGACCCUGUUUCAUUUUUUUUAUUAAACUCCUGUUCUUCUAUGUUUUGAAUGUUUUUCGCCGCAGUUAUGCACCCUCUUUUUUACCUUGUACUUGUUUAGUAGUUCCAACUGGCUAUUGAUGGGUGUAUCGUAAUGUCGUUAACAUGCGUUCGUGGAUGUGGUUUGCUUCGCCGCCAACGCCAGUGCUUCAGUUUUGUUUCUUCCUCUGCUUCUUCUGCACUGAUGAUGGAAGACCACGUGUUUGAUGAAAGUCCCAAGUCUUAUGCUAGUUUUGUGCUUGACAGGCCUGUGCUCCAAGUUCCCGCAACAAGGAGGCGUUACUUUCCUUUAGUGUCCAGGGUGCUCAAAUCACUGAGUUGGAGGGUGGCUAGAGAAGUAAGGUUUUGGAGUUGGGUUGACAGUCAUGGGUUUCCUCAUUCAAUAAAUUGUUUUAGGAUUAUGGUUCAUGCGUUUGCUUUGGCCGGGAUGCGUUUGGAAGUGUUUGCUUUGCUUCGAGAUGUUGUUGAGUUCUGUAACGAGGCCAACUACAACACCUUUGAAUUGUUUUCAGCUUUGCUGGAUUCACCCCAUCAUGUUGAAAGAUCUGGCGUAGUAUUUGAAGUGCUUAUGAAAGUGUUUGCAUCCAACUCUAUGUUGGAAAAUUCUCUUAGUGUCUUUGUGAAUGCUAAGAAUGUUGGACUUGAGCCUCAUAUAAGGACAUGCAAUUUCUUGUUGAAAUGUUUGGUUGAAGCGAAUAGAGCGAAGUGUGUUAGAUGGUUUUUUGAGGAAUUGAAGGACCGUGGUCCAUCGCCAAAUAUCCACACCUAUACAAUCAUGAUGAACUUUUAUUGUAGUAAUGCUGGGUGUGAUUCAGAUAUGAGACAGGCUGCUGCGAUUCUAGGGAAAAUAUAUCAGAUUGGGGAAAAACCAACUGUUGUCACGUAUAGUACUUAUAUUCAUGGACUUUGUAAAGUUGGUUGUGUUGAGGCAGCGCUGAUGUUAAUUCGCAAUUUGAACAAACAAAAUCAGCCUCUCAACAGUCAUUAUUUUAAUUCUGUAAUUUAUGGGCUUUGUAAAGUUGGUUGUGUUGAGGCAGCGCUGAUGUUAAUUCGCAAUUUGAACAUACAAAAUCAGCCUCUUAACAGUCAUUAUUUUAAUUCUGUAAUUUAUGGGCUUUGUAAAAGAAGUGACGUGGGUGAGGCUUUGCAAGUUUUUGUAGAAAUGAAGAGGUCUGGGAUAUUACCAGAUGUUUAUAGCUACAGCAUAUUAAUUGAUACGUUCUGCAAGAAAGGGGACCUAAUAAAAUCUUUUGACCUGUUGGAUGAAAUGCAACGCUCCCAGGUAAAACCAUCCAUUGUUAGCUACACCUCCCUCAUCCAUGGUCUGUGCAAGAACAAUCGGUCACAGCAUGCAGUGGAAAUAUUCCGCAGAACUGUUGCUUCUAGUUUCAAAUAUGAUCAGAUUAUUUAUGAAACUUUAAUUGAUGGAUUUUGCACGCAAGGUGAUGUGGAUUCAGCCUUCAAGCUUUUAAAGAAGAUGACCUGCUAUAAUUGGAUUCCUUCUGCUUCUAGUUACCGCAGUCUAAUUAAGGGAUACUACAAACUAGGACUAUUCGAUCAGGCAUUGGAUGUUUUUGAAACCAUGCUACGAAAUGGUAUUUGGCCAGAUACUACCGCAUGCAAUUAUAUUCUUGAUAUAUAUUUUAGGGCAGGUUACUUCAACGUAGCCUUGACGCUGUUGAAGGACUUCGAAGAACAUGGAUGUAACCUCAACCAACAUUCAUAUAAUGCAAUCAUCUGUAAACUUUGUAAAGAAGGUUGCCCAGAAAGAGCAUUGGAGCUCCUGCCUAGAAUGCUUAAAAGGAAUGUACCUCCGGCAUUUGUUAAUUAUAGAACUCUUAUAUCUGGCUUUGCCGAACAGUCAAAUAUAAAAAGGGCUGUGAAGUUAUUCACCAGAAUGAAAGAAGUAGGGAUCACUUUCAACAUUGCCAGAUAUACAAUUCUUAUGAGUAUAUUUAGUCAUAGUGGCAGCAUGCAAGAAGCAUAUGACAUUUUUAAGGAAAUGAAAGAAAGGGGUUUGCAUCCAGAUCAGAUUUCAUAUGCAACUUUAAUAGCUGGCUUUUGUAAUAUUAGAGAAUGGAAAAAGGCCUGGGCAUUAUUUGUAGAAAUGAAGAGGGUAGGCAUAAUGCCAAAUGUAUUUACUUAUACUUGCAUGAUUGAUGGAUUUUGCAAGUCAAACCGGAUAUAUUUUGCCACCUCGCUGUUUCAUGAAAUGAACAGAUAUUCAGUUAUUCCUGAUGUUGCAACUUACACUGUCCUCAUUGCUUGGUACCAUAAGCAUGGGGACAUUGGCCAAGCACAGAAGCUAUAUGAUGAAAUGAAGGAAAAGGGUGUUUUGCCAGAUGAUAUAAUUCAUAAUAUUCUAGGUCUGAAGGCAUGUAAAGUUCAAGAAGGUUAGGCAGCUGUAUUAGGGCUUCCAUCAUAUCCAGCUGAUCUUUGGCCAGAUACAAGUAAAGGAAGACACUGUCUGUAAUCAAUUUCCUGAAGCAAAUGUAGGGUCAUGAUUCCACCUUACCUUUUAAAAUGCUUGCUAGAUGACAGAUUAUGAGCGCUUGGUGUGCAUAGCAUAGGAAAAAACACUUGCAUCAAUGCCUGAUGUUGUUUAUUUUCCAACAUGUGAAACUCCCUACGUAGAGGAUGAAGACCAGCAUGCUCGAUGCCCAAAGUGUUUUAUUUCAAGCUUUUACACCCUUUGCAGAAAAUGCAGCUACACUGGUAUAGCAUUCAUGAGUGUAGAUAUGAAGCUUCAGAUUUUGCAGUAUAGGACUGUCAAAAUUUAAAUCAUUUAAAGGAAGAUUGAAAGCGUAGGGAUUGAGAAAGAGGAAUGAAAUGCUCAGUAUGAAAGAUUGAAAGCGUAGGGAAUUCCAAGCUAUGCCCUUCUUGUGACACUAAUUUCCCGAACUGAAGGUUGCAACAAAAUGAAAUGUGGUAGUUGUGAGCAAUACUUCUGUUACCGCUUCAACAAAGCAAUUGAUCCAUUAAAUCCGGAUGGACAUUUAAGGGAUGGCUCAUGUGAGCUGUUCCCCCGAGAAAUGGCUGAGUCCUGGCAAGAGCGGAAAUCAUCGCCAGGCAGUAGGACGAUUACAUGCCGAGCUUUUACAUGCGUGGCUUGGCAUGUCCUAAUUGUCGUCAAUUUAAUGUAAAGAUGGUUAUAGAGGAAAAACUAAGGCAAAUGUGGUUAAUGGAAGGAGAUAUUUGCAGAUCCGAUGUUCUUGUUCUCCAGAAUUACUCGUGUUUCCCUUUUCAGAGGUGUAUAUAUGUAUGAACAUGUGAUUACUCCAGCACCUGUAUAUUUUCUUUCCGUGGGUAUUAGAACGGUUAUGUUAUUAAUAUUUUAUUGUUUGCUAAUUAUAUUUAAUAAUUUCAAAUGUAUAUAAUAAAAUUAACAACUAAUAUUAAAUUUACCGAACUUAAUUUGAUUAACCCUUAUUAGCUCGUAGGUAUACGGUAGGUACCGAGAACUUAAUUGGAAUAACGAGUUCGUUAUAACAAUUGAAGGUCAAUAAAUGUUUUUCUA